CUGGUGAGUUUGACGUUAGUCCUGAAGCACUUUUUCUGAAACGCAAAGUGCGCUGCUGAUCUAUUAUACUGUCUAUGUGCUGUCCGUGUUGAGGCAGAGCAAGUAGUAGGCUACGCUGAGAGGAGCAGAGGAGAGCAGCGGCUCCGGGACAUGCUUGUGUUUGUGGGUUUAAACUAAACUCCACCUGCGCUGGGACGACAACCGCGCAUCCACUUUUGGGUGUGACAAAUAUCUUGCGCGCGCGUGUGAGGCGCGGAUGACUUGACUUAAUUGUAUCGCAUUCACUCCUACUGAUGAGUUUUGGACGUUUUCUUAGCGGUUUGUCUGUCCAGUACAGAUGUUCUGGACACACACACACACACACACACACACACACACACACACACAUAUAUAUAUAUAUACAUACACGCGCACACACACACACACACACGCACACGGGGCUGCUGCUGCGGAUGUCCAGUGAUUUCUUUGCUGAUGUAUAGUGCUGGUGAGGGGCUGAAGUUGAAGUAUUGCUCUUGAAGGUGGGAGCUCCAAAUGCAUUCGCUCCUGGGCCGGGAGAAGAAAGAAGAAGAAGCCGGGUUUGGGAUUGAUCUGGGUCUGUCUCCGGGCUUUCUGCCCCAAGCUGCCACCAUGUUCAGCUGCGUGGGCUGCUUCUGGGUGCUCCUCUCCUCCGCUCUGGUCGCCGUCUGCAGUUUCAGCUUCAUAUCCCCUGCCUGGAUUGUUAAGGACCAGCUGAGGAACAAUCAUCACCACCACCAUCACAACAACAAGGACUCUGUGAGCUUCGGCUUGCUGUGGCACUGCUCGGAGUCCCUGGACCACAUGUACCGAUGCUACACCUUCGGGGGACUGGGCAAAUUCGCAGAGAUCCCCUCCAGCUCCUGGCAGACCAGUGCGGUGCUCUGUUCAGGAGGCUGUGCCCUGCUGGCCGUCAGCUCCCUGUUGGCCAUCAUCACCAUCUUCCUGCCCAGUGGAGGAUGUGAGAGGAGGAUCUGCACCCUGGCUGGAUACAUGCAGAUGGCUGCAGUGUUCAUCAUGGCUGCUGGACUGCUGGUCUACCCCUUCGGCCUAAACUCCUCACUGGUCAGGUCCUUCUGCGGGGACUCUGACAUCUACUACGCUGGCGAGUGCCAGAUCGGCUGGGGCUACAUGCUGGCUAUUGUCGGAGUCAUGCUCACCGUCUUCUUGCCCUUUUUUGCCAAAUAUGCACCGAAGGAGCAGCUGUCCCCCACCCCUCUGCCCACGCUGUUAUAGGGCAUUGAUACGAAGUCUUGUUUCCCCCCAAGUGACCACUCUCUAACCUGGGCUUGAUGUCAUGGAGAGACACCUGCAUCCCGUUUUUAAUGCAGCCGUUUUUUGGGACAGUGAUAGCGACAGUGAUAACUGAAGCUGACACUCAACAACAAACACUGUCUUCCUGCAUCUGUUAUGUGACUAUUUCAAAUUCAGUUCGUAUAGAUGGAAUGUUUUAUGUUACAAUAAUGUGGUUAUCCUUUUUAUCAUAAGUUUUCUGCAGUUUUGACGUAACUUCCAUGUCAGUUCUGCACGACGAUGCAGUCAGAAGACGCAAGGACCUCAUUUCACAUGAUUUAAGCAAACAUGACCACAAACAUAACAAGUACUUGCUAAACAUGUAAGUGUUUUUUCCCCUUCUUUUGUGGGUAACAAGUCAACAUAUGUAACAUUCCAAAACAGACUAGAGGCUGGCUGCAUAAAGAGAGUGGAAGCAUGAUGUUAUGUGGCAGUACGACCUGUCCAAUCCAAUGUUUCAAUAAAAGGUUUUGAAGAACAUUCGACUCGACGAGAGAGACACUUUGAACGGUUGAAGACUGAGAAUAUUAAUGGGUCAGCUCUUAAGGAGUUGCAUCUACUGACGAUGUAUUGUGCUAAAGUGUUUGGACUGUACAGUACAUAUGGUCUGGAUAUAACAGAGCUGAUGUUUAAGCUUUCAAAAUACCCCAUUGAAAAGAGAAAUCUGACGCUUUGAAGGAUUUUUGCUCUUCAGACUUUGUCUGCCUUCCGGUCUUUUGACCAGGCAGUGAACAACAUUGGGAGUCAAGAAGAUGUGUUAGCUUUUUAAAGACAGUGCAUUUACUAACUGUCUCAAAGAAACGGACAAUGGACACAGCAUCAGACCUGCCGAGAGGACAAAUGGAAAUCUUUUCUCAUAACAAAGAAGUGAAUCAUAAUAAUAAGUAGUGGUUUCAGAGUAAAAAUGUUAUGUUGGGAUACUGCAUCCUUUUGUUAACCUUCUCCCCUGAACUGUUUGUGUAAUGUAUCUAGCUUGUCAAACAUGUCGAACAAUUGUUUUCUGUCUACAACACACAAUGCUAAACACUCUAAUCCAGGAAAAAAUGAUUGCAAAAGGCAGGGAGAUGUAGGAAUUUAGUCAAAAUGCAUGAUGAUAUGGGCUUUGUUAAUGGUAGAACAAAUGAUCUAGAUUUUAAAUGUGAUCUGACCAACUUGUGCCUUUUAACAUAACCAAGACAAGAGUUCAAUACAAUUAUCUUUUUCUGCUGAAUAACUGUGGAUCCUGUUGUGUGAUGUGUUUUUUGUUUUCUCUUCUAUUAUACUUUUUUCCUCUGAAAUGUUAAGUCUUUCUCCUGUACUUGAUGCAGUAUGAUCUCAUUAACUUGAGAAAAUGUUCUAGAGAAUAAAAAAAGAUGAUGUCUUCUAAUCCUUAGAGGUAACGGCAGAGAGAAGGGAAGAAAAAAAAAGGAAACCAGUGUACUUGUGUUCAAUUAUGCCCCGAGACAUUUUUGACAAUUAUCUAGAAGAGGUAAAUCACUUGAAUUGCUAUAUUAAAAGGUUGUGACAUGCAGCUAACGGAUUAAUUCCUGGCAUCCUUGUCUUUCGUGAUUUAGAAAUUGAGUGGUAGAGAAGGGAGCUGUACAAAUUGAACUUCGCCUUUGGUUAUCUGCGCUGAGCUGACACAUUAUUCACAUUAUGUGUAAAACGUGGCUUAAAAUAAUUAGCUCCUCAAGUAAGCUAAUGCAUUGCUGUGUUUUCGUCAAUCCACUUCUCCUUUUAAGACGCUGGCACCAUUCCUGUCAUGUUUCAAGGACAAAAUGUCUACUUCUCCACUUACUCUCCCUGUACACUGCCAAUUUUAUCAAGCUAGACUCCCUUUUCUAGUAGGUGUUUAUGUGCGUGUUAGUGUUGAAUACUGGGUUGGAUUUUGCUAGUGGGUUAAUCUUUAAAUAUUUCCCAAAUUUUGGUUCCCAUAAUAACAUGUCCUGACAUUAAGAAAAUGACUGUGAUUAUGUUGCCAUAUUUGAAAGAAGGUCAGGAGAGAAAUGUUGGUGUGGUAUUGGACCUCAUACUGUGCUUGACUGUGGGAAUGGCUGGCGUGACUGCACUGGACUUAUUCCCCUAUUUGUUGAACCAUUGUAUGUAAAGUCUCAGCACUGGUGAAAGUGUUUUGGUAGAGUAGAAUUAUUGUUUUGUCCAUUGUGAUGUUUGACUGUAAAUAAACUAACUGUACUUGA